AUGGGUCCCCUUAUCCCCAUAGUUGAGGUUGCCAAGCGAUUGGCCCUUCACCAUAAUUUUCAUGUCACACGCAUCAUUCCCACAACUAGGAAUCCGUCCAAUGCCAUUAAAGGCAUCCUCGAGGGCCUCCCCACCGGCAUAGACCCUGUCUUUCUUCCUCCAGUGAGCUUGGAAGACAUCUCCAGUCUGCUGCCUAAAAUCCAAGUCUCCCUCACCAUGACCCAUUCUCUACCCUCUGUUCGCCACAUGUUGAAAACCUUAGCUGAAACUACUCGAUUCAUUGUUGUUAUCCUUGAUCAUUAUGCUAGCGAUGCACUAAAUAUUGCCAAGGAACACAAGGUCUCUCCUUACAUUUUCUUCCCCUCAAAUGCUUUGGUGUUGUCAUUGCUCUUGCAUUUGCCAGAGCUGGACAAGACAGUUCCCUGCGAGUACAAAAACCUCCCAGAACCUUUCAAACUUUCUGGAUGCAUACCUAUUCACAGUAGAGAUCUAAUAGACCCGAUUCAAGACCGAAAAGGUGAAUGGUAUAGAGUGUUUCUUCACCUUACUAAACAACUCCUAUUAGCUGAAGGUACUAUGCUUAAUACGUUUAUGGACUUACAGGAUAGAGGUAUAAAAGCUUUUGCAGAUGAAGAAGCUAGAAACCCCCCCUCUUUACUCAAUUGGACCCAUGAUAUAAAAAGGCCAAAGUAA